AUGGCGGAGGUAAAUAAUAGACCAGUCUUCAAGAUGAACAACGAUUUUUGGAACCAGGCGCGAGGGCCACCUCAAAAUCUACCACAGAAUCUAUCUAAUUCGAAUCAAAAUUCGCCUGUACCAGGAUCAACCAAUUCGAUACCGGCUCACUCACCGAGCCAGCAAAGCAAUAGUAGUCAAAUCCACGUCAUCACUCCAGGUGCUUUAGCUCUACAACAAGCAAACCAGCAAAACCAACAACCAUCCCAACCAAACAAUCAACAAGCGCACGCGCAACAAGUUCAACAACAGACCCAACAACAACCUCAGCAGCAACAGCAACAACAGCAAGCUCAACAAAACCAGCAACACAACGUGCAGCAAGUCCAGCAGCAACAGAACGCUCAACAACAACAACAGCAACAGCAGCAGCAGCAACAACAACAGGCGCAAAUGAACCAGCAGCAGUUGAACCAGCAACAACAGCAACAGACCAACGGGCCCAACCAGCAACAGGGCCAGCAAUCUCAACAAUCUCCUCUUCUGGGCAGUCCUAACUCGCACGCCCAAGCAGCGCAUGCGCACGCCUUGGCGCAAGUUGCUCAGCAGCAACAGCAAAUGGUCAACAUGCAUCAGCAAUUCAGCAGCGGACAGGCGUCUCCCGACAAACUAAUGACGGAGAAGAUCGUGAAUGAACUACAGCUGCCGGAUUUCAAUCAACUGCAGAGGACGCCGUCCGGAAUCUCCGAACGGACGCUGGAAGAGUGCUGGACGACGCUUCAGCGUGUGAGUUGGCUUCUUUUCAACCGUAUUUUCAUGCACAAGUCUGCUAUGCAGAUGCAUGCCAGAGACCUUGCCGGACGGAACGAAGUCAAGCCGCACCAAUGUCAGCAAUGUCUCAAGUCAUUCAGCAGUAAUCACCAGUUGGUGCAGCACAUCAGGGUCCACACUGGUGAAAAGCCAUACAAAUGUUCCUACUGUGACAGGCGGUUCAAGCAGCUGAGUCACGUACAGCAGCACACAAGACUUCAUACGGGAGAGAGACCGUACAAGUGCCAUCUCCCCGACUGCGGCAGAGCCUUCAUACAGCUAUCGAAUCUGCAGCAGCAUCUCAGGAACCACGACGCUCAGGUGGAGAGGGCGAAAAACCGGCCCUUCCACUGCAACAUCUGCGGAAAGGGAUUCGCUACCGAGUCCAGUCUUAGGACGCAUACAUCAAAAGUAAGCCAUUGUAUUGGUCGUUUGCAGCAGCAUGCAGCUUUGAUCGGUGGACCGAACGCCACGUCGUGUCCUCUUUGCCAUAAGAUGUUCCUCGGCGGCGAAGCGCUCAUGGAGCACAUGAAGCACACGCACAAGGAUCCCAACGCUUCGGGGGUAGCAAUUGACGUCAUCGAUCCUUAUUUAGCGAAAAGGAGAACUGCCAAUCACCCGUGUCCCGUUUGUGGGAAGCACUAUGUCAACGAAGGCUCAUUGAGAAAGCAUUUAGCUUGUCACCCCGAAACGUCACAAUUGUCGAGUUCCUUACGAAUGUGGCCGUGUUCUGUAUGUCAAGCCGUUUUUACUCAUGAAUCAGGAUUGCUCUCCCACAUGGAACACAUGCGAAUGGAUCCCAAGCACCAGUUCGCCGCACAGUACGUUCUAUCCCGAGCAGCCGCUGAAAGAAGAGAAAGGGAAAGCCUGUUGGCUGCCGUGACAUCAGCCUCCGGCAGCGGACUUUUAGCUUUAACUGGAAUGGGACCAGCGAGCGGCAGCCCAAUGUGUGCUUCACCCAGCGCGCACAGCGACAGUUCAUCAGGAAACGGACGCUUGUCUUCUGCCGGCUCCGAAGGUGGACUGAACAACAACAACAAUAACUGCAAUACUAAAUUAGGUGAUAUCUUAAGAAAUAAUAACGGACUUCACCAACAAUACAACGUCGAAGACCAACUACACACGGCGAACAGAAUGGCCGUUUUAGCGAAUAUGGUAAACCAAGGCGGUGUACCGCCGGGUUUGGGUUCAGAUUCAUCCGCAGCUGCCAAUUUAACUGCCGCCAAUCUUGCCAAUCUUGCCAUGAGACUCGGAGUGACACAGGCGAACCAAGUGAAUAAUUCGAGCAACCCAUCGACGCCGCCGAUAACGAACGACACGCUGUCGCUGUCAAUGAACGCGAUGAACGCGAUGCGAGCCUCGAUGGACAGCAUCCGGAACAUGGACGUGAUGCGAUCGUCGGUGAUGGACAUGUCUUCGACGCAGCAGUCGCAGCAGCAGCAGCAGGAGGCGUUGAGGAUGCAGCACGCCGAGGCGCUGAUCCGAUCGCAGGCCGAGACGGCGCUGAGACUGGCGAUGAGCCAGGCGCUGCCGCAGCUUAGCCAGCACCAGCAGGAGAGCAGCCACAGUCCGCUACGCCAUAACGGGAAUUAUCAGGGUCAUCAGGGACAAUCUUCGCAACAACUUAGUCCUGACAUUACGGAAGCUCUGAGGCUGCAGGAACAAAGGUUAGAGCAGGCUUUGAGGUUGCAUGGUAGCGAUCCGAGGACGUUGGGGUUCCCACUAACCAGCCAACAACAGAAUCAACAACCAUGA